AUGCCCGUUGUUCCCAGCGACAAGCUCGUGGCGCUGCAGCAGGCCGCCGACGGCAUCAGGAACAUCUGCAUCCUGGCCCACGUUGACCACGGCAAGACGUCGCUCACAGACGCCCUCAUCGCCACCAAUGGCAUCAUCUCCCCCAAGCUCGCCGGCAAGAUCCGCUACCUCGACUCGAGGCCCGACGAGCAGCUGCGCGGCAUCACCAUGGAGGCGUCGGCCAUCUCGCUCUACUUCUCGUCGCUGCGCCGCCCCGCCCCCGAUGCCGCCCCCGAGCAGCGCGACUUCCUCAUCAACCUCAUCGACUCGCCCGGCCACAUCGACUUUAGCUACGAGGUCUCGACCGCCUCGCGCCUCUGCGACGGCGCCGUCGUGCUCGUCGAUGCCGUCGAGGGCGUCUGCAGCCAGACGGUCACGGUCCUGCGCCAGACGUGGAUCGAGAAGCUCAAGCCCCUGCUCGUCGUUAACAAGAUGGACAGGCUAAUCACCGAGCUCAAAAUGAGCCCCGCCGAGGCAUACACACAUCUGAGCAAGCUGCUCGAGCAGGUCAACGCCGUCAUGGGCAGCUUCUACCAGGGCGAGCGCAUGGAGGACGACCUCCGCUGGCGCGAGAAGAUGGAGGAGCGACUCAAUGCUGCCGCCGCCGAGAAGACCGACUCCCGAUCGUCGGUGCUCGAAAACGGCGACAGCGUCGACAUGACGAGCACGCCCGCCGAGUACGAGGAAAAGGACGACGAGGACAUAUACUUUGCGCCCGAGAAGAACAACGUCAUCUUCGGCAGUGCCAUUGACGGCUGGGCGUUCACCGUGAGGCAGUUUGCCGGCCUGUACGAGAAGAAGCUCGGCAUCAAGCGCUCCAUCCUGGAAAAAGUGCUCUGGGGCGACUUCUACCUCGACCCCAAGACCAAGCGCGUGCUCAGCUCCAAGCACCUCAAGGGCCGCCACCUCAAGCCCAUGUUUGUCCAGCUCGUCCUCGACAACAUCUGGGCCGUGUACGAGGCCACCACAGGAGGUAACAAUGGGAAGGGAGAUCCUGCCAUGGUCGAGAAAAUCACAAAGUCGCUCAACCUCACUCUGCCUGCCCACAUUAUGCGCUCCCGCGACCCGAGGACCCUCUUGAUGGCUCUCUUUGCCGCCUGGCUUCCGCUCUCGACGGCCCUCCUCGUGUCGGUGACAGAGUACCUUCCUGCGCCACCCAAGGCGCAAGCCGACCGCAUGCCCGAAAUCAUUGACAACUCGCCAGGCGCCGAUUACGUCGCCCCACAAGUCCGAGACGCAAUGACUAACUUCAAGACGUCAAAGGACGCUCCCGUCGUCGCCUACGUCAGCAAAAUGAUCUCCGUACCCGCCAGCGAAUUACCGCAGAACAAGCGAAGAGGUGGCGCGCUUACCGCCGAAGAAGCCAGAGAGUUGGGAAGGAAAAAGCGCGCUGAGAUUGCGCGCCAGCAGGCCAUAGCAAACGGCGAAGUUCCCGACGUGGGCAGCGUGACGGCUGCGCUCAGCUCUGCAGCUAUUGGGGAAACAGAGACACCUGUCGAAGAGACGCCCGAGGCGGAGGAACAGGCCGAUCAUUUAAUUGGCUUCUCGCGUAUCUUUUCUGGGACGCUGAGCGUGGGCGACGAAGUUUACGUGCUCGGCCCGAAAUUUACUCCUGCGAACCCCCAUGCUGCUCCCGAACCGCAAAAGGUCAAGAUCACCGCGCUAUACCUGAUGAUGGGCCGCGGCCUGGAGCCCUUGACGUCAGUACCCGCCGGUGUCGUCUUUGGCAUCGGCGGCCUCGAAGGCCACAUCCUCAAGUCAGGCACGCUGUGCUCGCAGACGGCUGGAUCGCUGAACCUGGCCGGGGUCCAGAUGGGCACCGAGCCAAUCGUGCGUGUUGCGCUUGAGCCCGAGAACCCGUAUGACCUGGACAAGAUGAUCAAAGGCCUGAAACUCCUCGUCCAGAGCGACCCGUGUGCCGAAUACGAGCAGCUGCCCAGCGGCGAGCAUGUCAUCCUCACGGCCGGCGAACUGCACCUCGAGCGCUGUCUCAAAGACCUGAAGGAACGCUUCGCAAAAUGCGAGAUCCAGGCCGGCGAGCCCAUUGUGCCCUACCGCGAGUCCAUUGUCGCCGCCGCUGAAAUGAACCCGCCCAAAGACGCCAAUUUGCCCAGAGGCACCGUCAUAGGCGAAACAGCAGGCAAGCACGUCUCGGUGCGCCUGCGCGUGCGGCCCCUGCCACCCAGCGUCACAGAGUUCCUGGGCAAAAACGCGGGCGCAAUCAAGAAGCUGUAUGCGGAGCGCCGCGCCGAAGAGGAAACAAACAAUAACACGCAGAAUCACGUGGUGCCAGAGACGGAAGACGAUGGCAUCCACGAAGCUGACAAGCGUGAAAUAGGACAUAGCUUGAGUUUCGACGAUUUCAAGAAACAGCUUCACGACGCAUUUGCACAGGCAAAGGGGCAAAAGGAGGUCUGGACUGAUGUCAUUGAUAAGAUUACGGCGUUUGGGCCCCGCAGGAUAGGUCCUAAUAUUCUCGUGGAUGCGACCAAGGAUGGCAUUUGCGGGAGAGCACUCCGUGAUUCGUCUUCCCCGGACCCCGAGGCAGAAGUGGCGGCGGCGGCGGCGUCGUCGGAUCGUACGAUAUCUGCGCGAACGUUUGCAUCGACAAUUUCCUAUGCCUUUCAGCUGGCCACGGCACAGGGGCCAUGCUGCGCCGAGCCCGUCCAAGGCAUCGCCGUCUUCCUCGAAGACGUGACGCUCAACCUUUCUGACGACGAAGGCGCCCAGGACCGCGGCCGGCUCACGGGCGAAGUCAUCAAGGCAGUGCGGUCGUCGAUCCACCAGGGCUUCCUCGACUGGUCGCCACGCAUGCUCCUCGCCAUGUACAGCUGCGAAAUCCAGGCGUCGACUGAUGUCCUCGGCCGCGUCUACGCCGUCUUGACUCGCCGCCGCGGCACCAUCCUCAGCGAAACCCUCUCGUCCACCUCGUCUGCAUCCACAACCGGCUCGCAGACCUUCACCAUCAGCGCGCUGCUCCCCGUCGCCGAAUCCUUUGGCUUCAGCGACGAAAUCCGCAAGCGCAGCUCCGGUUCCGCAUCUCCCCAGCUGCGCUUUGCCGGCUUUGAAAUGCUCGAUGAAGACCCCUUUUGGGUCCCUUUUACAGAGGACGAGCUCGAGGACCUUGGUGAGUUGGCUGACAGGGAGAAUGUGGCAAAGAGGUACGUGGACAAGGUAAGGAGGAGAAAGGGGCUCCGUAUUGCGGGUGAAAAGGUCGUGGUGGAUGCCGAGAAGCAAAAGACGCUGAAGCGUUAG